GCAGGAUGAAUCAAGACCAGUUUCUUCUUAAGUGGAAUAACCACCAAACUAAUUUUGUUGAAGUAUUUAGCUACCUACGUACCCAGGAUGCUUUUGUUGAUGUUACUUUGGCUUGUGAUGGGAAAUCCUUCUCAGCGCACAAGGUUGUCCUCUCUGCAUGUUCGCCAUAUUUCCAGACAUUGUUUCAGACUAAUCCAUGCAAGCACCCUAUUGUCUUCCUGAAAGAUGUCAAGGGCCAAGAGUUGGAGGCACUCAUAGAAUUUAUUUAUAAAGGAGAGGUCAGUGUAUCGCAGUCAGAGCUGGGAUCCCUUAUAAGUACUGCAGAGAAUUUAAAAAUUAAGGGUCUGGCGGAACCAGAUAGACCGACAGAAAAAGCAGUUAAAAGAAUAGCUUCCCCUCCAAGAUCUCAGCCUCCAACUUUAGUCUCUCAAGCAACUGCAGUGACCCCUAUCACUGUAACACAGCAUCUGCAAGUGAAAUACCCACAGUCUAGUCCCGUAGCCAAACGGAAAAAAACUGAACAAUUUAAUGUACAGAGUAGUUAUGUUGGUAUAAGAGAAAAUCAGGAGGAGGUAGUGACUGUAGAAGCAGAAAAUGGUGAAAAUUUAAGUCUCCGUGGUGAAAAUCUUAGUUUACGUGGGGAAAACUUAACAAUUCGAGAUCACCCUCCUCAAGUGGUUCUAGUACCUUCACAUGAAGUGUCAUCACAUCAGCAGGAGGUAACGACUCAUACGCCCCAGCCUUAUGCUAGUCACCAUGCCCCAAUCCCAGCUUCAGAGAGUGUACUAUACUCUGUCUCAGGAACGGCCAUAUACGCAGGCACAGCUCAAGUUACGUCCUCCAGUCGUGGAGGAGAACAGGCAUCUCGAGAUGUAUACCCUGACCAGUAUCAUAGCAGUGAUGAAAGCUCGGUUCCUGGCCCAUCUGGCAUACAGUCGCAGGCGGUACCUGAAGCUUCUAUGGGUGAAGAAGGCAUACCAUUUAGAGAAGCAACAGCAUUAGGAGCAGAAACCGCAACUUGUCCCCCAAGUACUAAGGCAGCUGUAGCAAGAGCUGUGUUAGUUGCAACAUCACCUCACUUGGAGCCAGGACCAUCCAGUUUAAAGAGUCAACUUGUUAAAGAUCGUCUAACACCAGAAGAGCAGACUAUAAAACUGGAGCCAACGAACGCCAAUGUUCCAACUGAAUCUUGGGAAGGGAGCAACCAAAGUUAUGAAGAUGGAGGGGGAGGCAUAGCGGGGUCAGGUAGUGGGGCUGGAGUGGUACCCUCAACCAGCGAUACUCUUACUAUGCAGCUCCCCCUCCAUGCUGAAAUGACUGAACCUUCACCCCUCCAUGACUCGUCUAGAGGGUCGUGUGUGUCCUCGGGUGCGCGAUGUCACGACAUGUCGGCCUAUAGCAGUGGGGAAAGUGUUGGAGGGAAUGGUGCAGGGGAAGGAAGUGGCAGCAUUCGAAGACUUCUUGAGUGUGAGCAUUGUCACAAGCACUUCACUUCAAGGUUUAAUCUACAGCGUCACCAGCUCAUUCAUACAGGUGCCAAGCCUUAUGAGUGCCCACUGUGUCACCAACGUUUCAACCAAUCCGGCCAUGUUAAAACUCACCUGAGAACCCGCCAUCCUACCCAGGAGGCACAAACGUUGGCAGACCUGUCUAAACUGUAGCCCAUGGCUUCCGGACCCUUGGUGGUGACCUGUUCUCCCAGGGACCGAGACACUGAUACGCCCGCUAGUUCUUGCAGUCCACCUCUGCAAACGCAGGAGCGUAUUGUAGUCUAUAGCCCUUCACAACCUGAUGGAGAACAGGUCGUGGUCUGCUCAUCUCCACAUCCGAAAGAACAGACCAUUAUAUUCCGACCUUUCCAAGCCCAAGGUGUUCGGACUGUUGCAUUGAGACAAUAUCAAGAACAAAUAGAACGCACAGUGGCCCAUGCCUCCUUCCAAACUCAAGAACAAUCUCCCCCUACAAGUAGUGAAGAGCGACAAGAUCACGGGAGCUCUGUUGUUACCUGGCGACCUCAUGAAACUGUAUGUUCAAGCUCUGGUAUCCAGACUUCACCUGCUGCCCCUGUUGUUCAGAUAAUUUCACAGUCAUCUACGCCAGAACAUCAGCCUCCAGCCGUUGAAAUAGAACUGGAUGUGGAUCUCCUCAAAACAUGGCCAUCUCACCACAGGUAUUACCAGCAGUGAUAUUUAGUAAUAAUUAUCAUAUAUUGAUUUAUUUUUAAGAAAAAAUGCAAGUAGAUUUAUUUUAAUUAUCUUUGAACAGAAAUAAAAUCUUAAGAGUUAUAUUGAAACUAUGCAUUUUACGCACCAUUUUUCACACUACAAUAUCGUGUAUUUCCCGAUAGUUUUGGCCAAUGUAAUGACUAGGUCAUGGACAUUUCUGCUUUUGAACUUCUGGUGUAAGUGCUAGAAUAUUUAACAUGUACAGUAGAUGUUAAUAGAUUGAGCUACUACAUGGAGGAAGGCAACUAUAUACAGUCCCCUGAUGUUAUGCUGUACUGGCAUUGUUGUGGUUUUUCGUGUCCUUAGAUGCACAUUGAAUGAGUUGACGACACUAUCACUACAGACUGUAUGUACAUGAAUUCAAAACUUGUUGGUUUCCAUUUAAUCAGCAGUUGUUUUGUAGAUUUUGGAUACAGUUCAAUAUUCGGAUUGAAAAUAUCUAAAAAAAAAAAAAUAAACGAUUGCAUUAUUGCAAGGGACCUGAUCUUGCAGUUAUUAUUUAUUGCUUUAGAUUAGUUUUAUUUAAUGUCUUGAUUGGGGUAAUGAAGUUUCAUUUUAGGUGGUGUACAGUUUAUUUUUUUUAUUCAGCAGUAUAAUUGUUCUGUGUAAUUUCACAAUUUGUUGAUGUUAAGUGCUUAUUCUACUUGUGAAAGAAGGUUAUCCUUUUACUCAGGUAAAAGGUCAUAUUAUAUUUAUAAUACAGUACCAGGAAGACCUUUAGUGACAUCUGGGAAGCCACACACUGCAGUGAAUUUCAUGUAAAUGUGUAACUUCUUGCAGGUAAAUGUCUUUCCAUACAUUUCUUGGCAGUUCUCCUGUAAGCCUGUGGGUUUCUUAUGUAAGUACAUAUUGGCAGCUGCUCUUGAUGCUAGAUCUAUGAACUUUACUGUAAAUCCUUGCAUUUCACAAUUGUCACUUUCAAGUGGAAAGCCAUUAGUAAAGUUUUUAUGGGAAAUGACUCCAGUAGUUUUUAUUAAAAUUAUACUACGUAGGGUUAACUGCAAAUUCAUAAUGUCUGUUCCUGUAUUGUAAAUGACAUUGUCAUGGAGUAGAGAGGACUAAGACUGGAUGUGGCUAAUUGAUUGUGGCAUUCUCAGAAGAACUUUAUAUUUAAUUUAGUAGGACAAGUGUUGGUUUGUGUGUACGGUACCGUACUAGUUCUGAUCUGACUUUUACCACAUCAUUUAUGAUUAUGAUUUGUAAUUAAAUAGGCUUUACCAGAAAAUAUUUAAGUAGAAUUUCAGUUCAGGUAAUCAGAUUUUAAUUUUUCAAUGUGUAAAAAAAAUAAAAGUUUUGGGUUCUGGUCUUGAAAAAUCCAUUUGUGGCAGUAGUAUGAAGGUAUAUUCUACAAGACGUACCAUACAUAACUUGACUUUUGAAGAAUGUGUUUGAGGUAUCACAUAACAUUUUGAAAUGUCUUGUGUAUGACAUUCUAAAUGUCAUUAGAGGUUUGGAGUUAGCUUAUAGCUCAGGUUAUUAGUAGGUGUGACUUUCUUAUCAGUAGGUAAUGAUUGGGAAAAUUUUGCCAUCUUGGAUACAACAUUAUUCAGUUAUCAUGAGUCUACUUGUUAGUUUAAUGUACUUAGCCUUAUGUAGAAAUUACGCCAAAGAAUGGUGUAUCUGAUGAAGCUUAAAUAUUUUUAGUUACUUGGUUACCAAGAUUACUUGAAUCCUGUAAAGUAAUUGUUUGUUCUUUAGUAAUAGUGCAGGUACAUCAGCUGCUCCUGUAGAGCAUCAGUGCACAACUUAUUUGCUGUGAUGAUAGAUUGUAGAUAAAAAUGUUAAGAAAUUAUAAUUGGAACUGAACUAGGCUGCUUUGAAGCCAGGAGGAGAGUUUUGAACUUGUUGUUGUGAAAGUAGAUUUUCUUUAAGGAGUGACAUAAAGAUUUUGAGCUGAUUCAUUUCCAUUUUAUAGGUUUAAUGUCAUUAGCUAUUUGACUGGGGUUCUUAUACUUUUGUUUGCACAAGCUUUUGAACCAAAGUAGGUACAUAUAUUAAGGCUUUUUUUAUCACCAGUUUUUUUUUGUUUAGUCGAGGUGGAAAUCAACCAAACAGGCAAAUUUGAAAGGUUGUUGUUUUAAGAUUCACCCAUUAGUAUCCUUAAAAUUAUAGUUUGCAUGUAUGUUUUUUUUAGGAAUUGCAGUUAUACUACUUACACUCAACCUAUUAAGCAUGAUUGAGGCGAACAAACCAUUUGCUGAAUUGCUGCUAAAGCAAAAAGUAAGGUGGAUAGAAGAUGGAUGAAACAUGCCUUAAAACCUGGCUUCAGUUACAGUAAGCUCUCAAUUUGCAGCUCAAUAUCUUUGUUUUCACUGAAUGAUACAUAAUAUUCCCAUGAUGGACCUCGUGAUAAUGGAUUCUGGGCUUUUAGUUUUCCAUGAAUGACAAAUACCCUUCAAUGUUCUAAGCUUUCAUGCCUGGCAUAUAGGCUAAUGCUGGCGCUGGGCUCCACGUAUAAACCCUCUUUGAGCUCUUGUCUGAAUACUACAGUACUAUUGGCAGUGAAUUAGUAAGAUCAUUAGUCUGGACAUGUUAAAUACAGUGGACAUAAUUUGAUUCUACUAUACUGUAUUGUAUAUAUAAUAUUAGACAUUACUGUCUCUUCAUCGUGGCGACGAGGUGAUUUUUUGUUUUCUUCCAGAAGCAAUUCAAGAACAUUUAAAUGCAUGUUAAAAUCACUAGCACUAAUGUUUAGGAUAGUUUGUAUAACAUCGUCCUUCCUUCCAAAAAGACUUUGGAUAUGGAAACAUACCAUAAGUGGCAGUUCAGAAGUAGCUGUGCCAGGUACUAACUGGAUAUCAGAGGCCCCAGGCUUGAGUUAUUGUUUUGGGGAGCGGGAAAGAAAGCCCAAACUCACGAGGAAUCUAUAAUAAAUACAGCAACAGAUAUUUUAAAGGAUUGUAGUGUUAUGUAAGCAGGAAGAGGGAUACUGAAAAUUGCAAACCUUUCACAGUUCAGGUGGUCAGUAUAGCUGGACCUCUUUGAUCAAUAUUGUACUGGCCAUCAAUGAAAUGACAUUUGUCAACGAGGCUGGAAAAACUGUUUGGGGAAUAUGACAUUACUGAAGAAGUUUGUGCCAGGAGGAACACAUUCUGGUAUGCUGUAUUCAUCCUUCCAAGAAUUUGGUCAGCAGCUAAGAUAAGUGUAUCUUAGUUUAACCAGACCACUGAGCUGAUAACAGCUCUCUUAGGGCUGGCCCGAAGGAUUAGAUGUUUUUACGUGGCCAGGAACCCAAUGGGAUCCAAACCACACGGAGAAAUGAAUUUCAGUCACUGGGAAUAAAUUCCUCUGAUUCUGCAUUGGCAGAGCGGGGAAUCGAACCCGGGCCUUAAGAUCAGUAGUCGAGCAUGUAACCGACUCUUCCAAGGAGGAAUUGCGGUCAGCAGCAAAAUGGGAUAAACAAGAGGUUAAAACGUUCACAAAAAUUGCAGAUAGUACCUGACGUGAGGUAUACUCUAUUGAGAGUAUACCUGUGAGUUUAUAGAUGUAAAUGAGUGAUUGGUUUAGUAUGUAACUAACACCACAAGAACAGUAAUUACUGUAUCAGUGGGUGAGUACUUUGACCAGUACCAAAGGCAUGGAUGCAAUGAUGACAGAAGAGUCCACCUAGAAGAUAUGGUGACUGCAAAUUUAUUUUAGCAAGAUAAGGAAUUCCUAGCAACAAGUAUAGCUUUUGGCAGUUUAUAAUGAGUUACUGAGAUUUGAAGGGAAAGACAGUGUGCAUUGACAGACAUCUACAGUACCGUCAUUGAUUAUACCCUAAGUGACAUUGAGGAUCACUUUUUUGGUAAAGGGGAGAACCACAGUGGCCCCAUAUCAAAAUUGAAUUAGGUUACAAAUACCUCAGAAAGGAAGGAGAAGCAAUUUUUUUUUUUUUUUUCUUUCUUUCUUUUGGUGGCUUCUUAAUUUGCUAUACAGAGCUUUGGGGACACUGGGGAAUGCUUUAGUAGGCCUGUUGACAGUUUCCAAGACAGAAACUUCUAGUGUUAAGAAAAAGAAAUCUUUCCCAGACCUAGAAAAGAUGACUGGCCUUGUGUACAGUCAUGUAAUAACGAAGAUUUAAUGUACUUUUUACAACAGUCAUAUCAGUUUCUUUUUAUAUAAUUUGUGUCCAAUUAUCAUCUUGUUGAUACCAGUGGUAGAUGAAGGACUCAAGGUCUUCCACCCCUUCUCUCACAGGCAGCUAUUCAGCUGUAAUUAAAUUAAUGUUGUAAACAAAAAAUUUGUGAAACAUUUUUUUCAUUGUAAGUAUACUACACAAACACUUUACUCUUGACUGGUACUCGUCUGAUAUGCCAUCAGGGUCCAGGAAUGAGAGCAUAUUAAGAAGAACUUUGCAGUCCUCUCACUCUUCUUCAAAGUCAUUUUAACAGCAACUCAGCACUUGGUUUGCUUUUUCAAGUGGGUUUUAAGGUAUGAUACAAGAAAUGGUUUUGCAUCCAAGACAGUUUUGUGGAAAGAGAGACUUUGAUAAAUAGUUCUGCAUAUUACGCAUUAGCCCUGGGGUGGUGGUUUGCCCAAGACUUCUAACUUUAAAAAAAAAAUGAAAUUAGUUUUAAAUCCCAUUCCAGGAAGUUGUUCAUUUAGUUUACAGUUUCCUAAAAAUUUUGGUUUUAGUACAAGUUUUUACAUUAUUAUAUGUAUGGAACAUAAAUAGUUACCACUUUCGUCUUAAUGUGUUGGUGCCUGGCACUUGCUAUUUUUUAAGAAGAGGUUUAGUAUAGCAGUCUCAAAGUUGUUUUGUCAAUUUGACCCUCAAAUUUCAAAAUUGCUUAACGGGUAUGUGUGCGUUAGACAUUAAGGCUGUUUAGACCUUUUUCUUCUCUUUUUAUCCUGUUAUGGAGGAGGAGCUUCUUGGUUAAUGUAUUAGUGAGUACAUAUUUUGGAAAACUUGUUCAUUGAGAGCUGAAGGGCGUGUGAUGGUGCUAUUGUUCAAGUCACUAAAUAAUACAAGGUCAUUUAAUGGUUUUGGUUUAGAAGCAUUCCAUUGAAAGCAGUUCGAGUGUUUUCCAUUCGAGGAAUCUUAGCCAUAUUUUGCUGGCCUUUGAAAUAUGUUGAAGUUAGUCUAAGUAAAUAUAUGUAUGUGGUUUCAAGUUAGACUAAUCAUAGCUGUGUCUUUAGAAGAGAUUCUAAGAAUCCUCUUACUGAAAUAUGUUCAUGAAAUUUUAACUUUCACAUUGUUCAUGAUCUUCUGAGUACUACAGUAUUUAGUUUUGAUAACUUUAUCCUCACCUUUUUCUCAAAGUUUCUCCAAGUAGCUUCAGCAGGGUAUUGAUUAUAAGUGUUUAACAAAGGGAUUUGGUAGUUUUGUUCAUGAAGAAGAGCAAGUUUUUUGGAGAACUUUGAAACUAGGAGUAAAUAACCUAUACAUUCGUCAUUAUUUUAUAAAUCAAGGCUAUGUAUUUUGUCAUUCAUCUUUUGUUUCCUUUGAAAUAUUCUUUAUAUAAAAUUCUGGUAUUUUAUGCUUUUCAUAAAGCUUGUGUACUGCAAAAAAUGAUUACUUACUAUCAUGUAAAAAAUAUAUUUGAUUAAACUUAUUUUCUUUCCCAAAAUUAUAUCAUUCAUGUAAAAAAUCUCAAUUUGAAAGCAUGCUAUAACAUAACAGUGAACUUCAAAAAUCUCUUAAUUUAUGGAAAUUUUGCCAGUCUUGAAUGCUUCGAAGGUUUCAAAGAUUUCCAUCGCUUAUUUUUUUUUAUUUUAAUAAUAUAAAAACCUCAUACCUUUCAGCUGUUAUAUUUUUCAUUAUCUUCCAGUCUUAAUCUUAUGUAUAGUACCCUUCUUUUCUUUCAUUUUGUAACUAUCCAAGUCUCUUGGUUAAGUAAUUAACACUGUAUUAUGACCCCCAGAUGUUAUAGAAUAUAGAUUUUAGGAUUGAUGUUCACAAUGUUUUAUUUGGAUCGUGUUACUCUGUUGGCAUUAAGGAGCCCAGGUGGUUUAAAGGAGAAUUGUAGUAUAUGGUAAAGAAACUUUUGAAUUUCUAUCACAAUUAAAUCCCACUCUUUUGCCAUAUUGCAAAUUAUAAGCAUUGAUGGUAAAAGUACAAGCUUCAUACCAGGAUAUUACUUUUAUCUACAGCACAUUGUACUUUGUUUUGCAAAGGGGAAAAUUUUUGUGUAUAGUAGCUUUAAUAAUAGGCUGUUCACUUAGUCAGUUCACCACAGAAAUGGGAGAAAUGGCUAGUGCAACUAAUUAAUAAAACUGAUUUAAAGCAUAGUUCAUCCUUGUGUUAGUUUGUUAGAAAGAUGGACUCGAGUGUUUAAAAUCAUCUUAAUGAUAUUAAAGGCACAAAUAAAAUAAUCUAUUAUUUGCAAUGAUAGAUAUCCAAGAUGGGUGUGGAUAUGUAAAUUGAAAAUAAGCAUUAUCUAGGACUAAUAUUUCUUGGGGGUCACCAUCUAGGAAAGAUCCCAAAAUUUUUGCCUAACCUUACUUAGUCUUCAUAAACACAUUAAACCAAUAUGAUGUACAGAAUCCAAAGAAACAAGAACAAUAUAGCAUUGAAAUAUAAAAUAGGGUUAAUAAAGACAUGUUUUACUUGGAGUGCACCCAUAAUUAUGGCACUUAAGUUAGCAAAAUAAUUACCCAUGAUCUUCAUUACAAUACACUAGGCUACCCAAAUUCACGAUCAAGUGGCCAUAUCACCACACAAAAGCAAUCCAUAUGUUGCUGUAAUGUUUUCAUGAAUGUGAAGUAUGGGAACUAAGCUUGAAUUACAGUAUUUUAUUACUAAAUUUGGUUACUUAUUAUAUUAAAUAAAAGUUAACCUUGUCAGUGAGUCACUAGUUGUAACACUCAUAGAACUACCCUGCAGGUUUGUUCUAAAUUUGUUAGAUCUUAUUUGAUCCACUUUAUUCAAACUUCUUAAACACUUACCAACUUGAUAAACUAAAUGUUUAUAAGAUUCAGACAAAAUUUCUUAGCAUGAUUUGUUGGAGAAUGUUUUAUGUACAACUGAUUGUACAUUCCAUAAUUAAAAAGCAGUAUAAUUUUAUCUUAGACCUUACAAAGUCCAACUCUAACAUAAAUUUACUACCAGGAAAUACAUUGUUUGAAAGUGUUAUUAGAAAAUUAUUGACAAGAGGGUUAUGUGAAAGCUUUGAAGACCUGUUAUGCAUAAAUACCUAAUAUUUUUUUCAAAUUUAAGAUUCAUAAAUAUUCCCAGUAUGAUACUUCUUUCUUAUUUUUCUUAUGCUAUACCUUUUAGGG